CUUCAUUUCAUAGUAGUGACAGUCUCUGCAAUGUCGUCGGCCAGCUGGAGCGGCCACGUCGGAGCCGGACCUUCACCGGAGGAGAAGUUCCAUCCCCCGGCUCUUACCAUCUCCGGCGUCGACUUGUCAUCUCCAUCUUCCUCUUCAGUGCCGGGAAGCAGCAUCACUCAGGCAUUCCACUUCUCCUCCGGAAACCCUAGGAUCGAGGAGACUCGCGGCGUCAUGCACCUCUUCCCAGAAGAUGGCGUUUCUUGUUCCUCCGCCAACCCACUUCCUGUCGGAAGGAAUCCGCUUCUUUGUGUGCUCGGGGUGCCAAAUCACAUGACUUACUCUGACUUCUGCCAAUUCUGUGCUGCAUUCAUUCAGCAUAUAGUGGAAAUGCGUAUCGUCAGGAAUGACGGAACAGAGGAUCGAUAUAGCGUGUUGAUAAGGUUCGAUAGUCAGGACUCUGCGGAUAGUUUCUUCAAGUAUUUUAAUGGGAGACGUUUUAAUUCCCUGGAAGUAUGCUUUUCUCCUGGUGCACUUCUAUUCUUUUUGUCGGGGAUUAUAUGGGAGACCUUUUCUCUUGUAGCUCUAGAAUAUUGUUUCCUAUUAUCUUCCUGUCUCAUAUUUUUUUUCACAUUUUCUUUUUGCAUUUGCAUUAUACAGGUUGAAAUUUGUCGUAUUCUAUACACAGUUGACGUGCAGUACUUUGGUUAUAAAGGCUCAACCGAACACAUGCAAGCAGCUCCCAUGGCAUCAAGCGAGCAACCUGCCUGUCCUGUAUGUCUAGAGAGGUUAGACCAUGAUCCUGGUGGAACUCUCACAACUAUCUGCAAUCAUACAUUUCAUAUAUCUUGUAUUUCCAAUUGGACGGAUUCUUCUUGCCCAGUUUGUCGAUUUUGCCAGCAGCAGCCUGAAAAAUCGAUAUGCUUUGUCUGUCAAACAUCUGAGAAUCUCUGGAUUUGUGUUAUUUGUGGGUUUGUUGGCUGUGGGAGGUACAAGAGUGGACAUGCCAUAAUACACUGGCAAGAAACACAACACUGUUAUUCUCUUGAAUUGGAGACCCAGCGAGUUUGGGAUUAUGUUGGCGACAACUAUGUACAGCGACUCAUCCAGUCCAAAACUGACGGGAAGUUAGUUGCCUUAAACUCUAAUGAUGGCUGUGGUAGCUUUGAGGAUGCAGGAAUGAGUGAGGCCUUGUUAAACAGCCAAGUUGAAGCUAUUGUUAACGAGUAUAAUCAGCUACUUGCAACACAACUUGAGAACCAGAAAUUGUAUUAUGAGUCUUUAUUGGAGGAAGUUAAAGAAGAAACCAGAAGAGAAAUUUCUGAAGCUGUGGAGAAGGCCAUAAACAAAAAAUUGCACAAGCAGCUGGCCAAGCUCGAAAAAUGCAUGAGAGAAAAGAAAAUCCUCGAUGAACUUAACGAGAAUCUUCUGAAAAACCAAGAGAUAUGGGAGUCGAAGAUAUCAGAACUGGAGGAGAGGGAGGGAAAUUCCUCAAGAGCAAAGGAUGAAAAGAUACAGGAGUUGGAAAAGCAGCUAGGAGAUUUGAUGCUGCAACUAGAGGCAGGCCAGUCAGUCUGAAGAUCGAUUUGUAUCCGGGGGAACCGUGGAUCAGUAACCAGAGAAGAGACUGAUCCGCCAUGGAUUUCAUGUGAAUAAGCAAAUGAUUUUGUUCUCCGUGCUAGGAAAAUCCACGAAAGCUUUUCUCGUGGCGGGGAUGUUUAUUUGUUAGAAAACUUCAUUGUCCAGAAACUUGGAGAUACACAUGCAGUUAAGUUUCUUUUGAUGUAAAUUCAGUGCCCUCUUUUGGUUUUUAAGACAGAAAGGAAGACUAAAAGAUACCCAACUCGGGCAUCUCGUCGAUAUCUUUUGAGUUCUUUGGUCUCUAAGCGAAACGAAGUUAUCGUUUUCCA